AUGGUGCUUCCUCCAGGACUGGACAUCAGCUUCUCCGCACAUGUGACAACUGAGUUGCAAAAGUGGAACCUCUGGCUUGUUCCUCAGUGUUUCCUGCAGUCAGUGGCCGCAAUGGACUGCUGGAGGAGAAGCGAAGAGCAUCUUGACCUGUUGGAGGGCAAAGGACAGAACACGAAGUGCGCGAAGUGCAAGGGGAAGGGCGUCUUCGAGCGAGUCUCCGAAUGCCGCCGUUGCGACGCCCUUGGCAUCUGGCGCUGCGACCGCUGCGCCAAGCGUGAAGAACUCAAGGGCGCCAAAGGCG